AUGACUUAUAAGAAGGACCAAUACAAGUUUCAUUUCGGUGAAUCGGAGAUGAACAAGGAUUCUGUGCUUAGAUACAUUCCAGAUCCUAGAAGUAAAAGAAGAAAAAAAAUUAGAGUUCCGUGGAAAGUUGUAAAAUACAUGUUAGAAUUAAAAAGAAUAGAUUUUGAUUGCUACUAUACGAGUGAUAAAGAAGAUCCGUAUGGAAAAGAAAUUAAAUUACACUAUUAUGCAGCUUUAUAUUAUGAUUCUGGAGCAAAUCCUCUCGUUCUUGAUUGCAUGUAUCGAGAAGCUCAUUGGAACUUCUUCUUCCCUUUGAGAUUCUCAUCAUACGGAAGAGCACUAUAUUUUUUCCUCAUAUUCACAGGAAGACUAACAGUAAGAUAUGAAUGGCUCAAUUCACUCCGAAAUACGAUCAAAAUGCUUAGAAAGAAUAUUGGGAAGGGUUUCCUACUCGAUUUGAAAGAAGACUUUGAUGAUGUUCAAAGAGGACUGAAAAACAUAAGGAAACAUAUUCCAAAAGUCGACAACUAUCCCAAAGGAACACUAAUCUUCAAUCAAUGGGAAUAUGAUUACU